GUUCUUAUACUUCUUUUCCUAUAAAAAGAACCAGUUCCCUUCAACACACAACACCAUAGGCAAAUCAAAUCAAAGUUCUUUUUUUUUUUUCAAUUCAGAUCUGGAUUUUACUGCAAACCCAUUAUUUAUUCAAGUUUUUACGACGACCCAUCUGAAAAUCUUGCUGAGUUUUGACUCAUGGCUGUUGAAUUUAGUGAUUCGGAACCGAACCCGAUUAAGAUCCGGGAAGUUUGGUCGGAAAAUCUCGAAUCAGAAUUUGAGCUUAUUCGAACAGUAAUUGAUCAGUACCCUUUCAUCUCAAUGGAUACUGAGUUUCCGGGAGUGAUUUUCAAGACGGAGAUGGGUUCUUUCCGGCAAAAUCGCCGGCGAUAUGUGCCGCAAUUGCCGUCGGAGCAUUACAAGCUGUUGAAAUCAAACGUCGACGUUUUGAAUCUUAUUCAGGUAGGACUCACGUUGUCUGACGCCGAUGGUAACUUACCGGAUCUGGGUUCCGCCGGUGAGCAUCGAUACAUAUGGCAGUUUAACUUCUCCGACUUCGAUGUGACGCGUGAUCGUCACGCACCGGACUCAAUUGAGCUCCUCCGGCGUCACGGUAUCGAUUUCGAGAAGAAUAAAGAGAUCGGAAUCGAUUCUUCUCGUUUCGCCGAGCUGAUGAUGUCGUCGGGGCUUGUAUGCAACGAAACCGUAAGCUGGGUUACAUUCCACAGCGCGUACGAUUUCGCUUAUCUCGUAAAAGUCCUCACUCGCCGGGAACUUCCCGGCGACUUGGAAGACUUUUUGGAAAUUCUCAGGGUGUUUUUCGGUAGUAAUGUUUAUGAUGUGAAGCAUUUGAUGAGGUUUUGUGAGAAACUAUAUGGCGGUUUAGACCGGGUUGCAGAGGUGUUAGAGGUGAACCGGGCGGUUGGGAAGUGUCAUCAGGCCGGUUCAGAUAGUUUGCUGACGUGGCACGCUUUUCAGAAAAUUAGGGACGUGUACUUUGUAAAUGACGGACCGGAAAAAUAUGCCGGCGUUUUGUUUGGAUUAGAAGUGUAUUAAAUUAAGAAUUAGUACUAAUUUUUAAUUGUUAGUUAAUAAAAUUUGUUUAAUUAA